AUGUGUGCCUAUCUCUCAAAACCACUCCUCAGCCCUAAUGCGCCGGAGUAUUGGCCGCUUUAUCCUCAACUGCAUCCCGCCGCCGCCGCGCCGCCGCAGAUAGGUUUCCCCCUUGAGAGCUACCCCUUUUAUUACCCGCCUGGUUUCGACACUUACGGCGGCGCGUGCUCUCCCCACGAACUGUUAACCUACCAUCCUCCUCCCAACGACGGCGUAGUCCCUUGCCCGGCCACUCACUUCUGCUGGACGGUUAGGGUUCCGAUGACCGUACAUGAACCUAAGAUAUCAUGGACCGGCGGCGACGAUAAGAUCGACAGGCUGAAGAAAGGCAGAAAGAAGAUUUUGCCGCCGAGGCUUCGGAGGGCCGAACGCACUUUUCCGGCGGCGAGAAAGCAAGAAUGGAGGCCUAGAAAAACAGACAAUUUCAAGGAUUCCGGCGGCGGCGACGCCAAUUCCCCGCCGCCGCCGACUGCAGAUGAGAAUUCAUGUUCUUCAAAGACUACCGUAAUGCUGAGAAACAUUCCCAACCGAUUGAGGAGGGAUUUCAUGCUUCAGUUUUUAGACUACCACUGCAAAGCUCACACCUUGGAGUAUGAUUUUCUGUAUCUUCCCAUGGAUUUUAGGAAGGAAGGAAAUUUAGGCUAUGCAUUUGUUAACUUCACAAGUGCUGCUGAUGCACUUAGAUUCAAGAAAGUACUGGAUAACUAUAAAUGGCAGAAAGUUUACACUUCUAAUGGUCCCAUAAUCUCGAGCAAAGUUUGUGAGGUCACCUGGGCAAGAAUUCAGGGUAAAGAAGCUUUGGUCAGAAGAUUUGAGAAUUCCAACUUCUACUGUGACAACACGGAGUUCUUGCCUGUCCUGCUCGACCCGCCCCGUAAUGGUUUGGAUUCGGAUCCUGCCCCACCCGUGGCUAUUGGCAAUCUUUGCACUGUGUAAAGAUUUGCUGAUAUGUUAGAUUUGUGUCUACAUCAGACUGUGUAGU